AUGACACUCGUUCCUGAAGACAAUGAUAUUCUGCGGGAUGCUCAUGGUCUCCACCGCGAUACAGAUAGCGAGCAUCUGGCCGCCUGGAGCAUGUUCUGGGGGAAGGAGAUCGAAGUGGAGGAGCAGGUGUUGUGGACCCAGUGGCGGGAUGAUCUCGAUGGUGACGCUGAGCGCGCUGUCAAUGGUCUGAGCGACUUGGCCUGCGCCGUCGGCGUACUUGACGAGUCCGAUAGCGGGGGCUGGCCUCCGUGCAGAUUCAUCAAAACACCGUGGAAGACGACGCUGGCAGCCACUCGCGGCUGCAUUAUGACUACGGAAGACUACACACGCAUAGAUCAGUCCGCGAAUGGAAGCCUCGACCACCAGCGCAGAAGGGGCACCGUCACCAUCACAGGGCAGAGUGGAUGUGGUAGAACAUAUCUAGCCCACUAUAUGCUGGCUCGUGCGCUAUCGCGUCGUCAAAGCACCUUAUUCUACUGCAGAGGACGCGUAACGUUCUUCCACAACCUUGGCGUCUUCAGCGGCAGUGAUUUCAGACCUGGCUACGACGGUUUUCGAUUUUGGGAGAUGAGGGAAGACUACCCUCGCUUGAUCGUCGACGUCGAUCGAGAGAAUGAUCAGUCCAAACUGCUGAUGUCUGGAAUGCUGGACGAUGGGUUCAUGACCGUUCGGCUUCACGCCUCUCGGUCCCACUCCAGAGCCUAUUUAGAAUCGCAGGAACUCGAACUGAGCUAUGGCAGGUUGCACUGGACGUCCUCUCCCCUCGCUACGUGGUACUCGCGGCGAUGCUUCAGGACUGCGCAAAUGCUACCACGCCCUGCCUGA